AGCACGUGUGUGCCUGUGUGGUAGGUGAAAUGGCCAGUGCUUCAGUGUUUCAGGAUGAGUUCUGCUGUUCUAUCUGUCUGGAUCUUCUGACGGAUCCGGUGACUGUUACCUGUGGACACAGUUUCUGUUUGAAGUGUAUUACAGGGUGCUGGGAUCAGGCAGACCAUAAGGGUGUUUACAGCUGCCCCCAGUGCAGAGAGACCUUUACUCCUAGACCUGUUAUUCGCAGAAGCACAUUGCUGGCUGAUGUUGUGAAAAAGCUGAAGAAGACCGAUCUCCUAACUGAUGCUACGACUCCUUGCUACGCCGGACCAGACGAUGUGGAGUGUGAUUUCUGUACUGGGAGCAAACACAAAGCCAUUAAGUCGUGUCUAACAUGCCUGGUUUCAUAUUGUGAAGUUCACAUCCAGCCUCACUACGAAGUGCCUCGCCUAAGCAAGCACAAGCUAGUGAAUGCCUCCUCACAGCUACAAGAGAAGAUCUGCUUACAACACGACAAGAUCAUUGAGGUGUUUUGUCGCACAGAUCAGAAGUUAAUAUGUAUGCUCUGUUCAAUGGAUGACCACAACGGACACAAAACUGUCUCCGCUAUAGCAGAACGAACUGAGAAGCAGAAAGAGUUGUUGGAGAUGAAGAGGGAUAACCAGAUGCAGAUCCAGCAGAAGGAGAAGGAGGUGGAAGAGGUGAAAGGGGCUUUGAAGUCUCUGCAGGCCUCUGCGCAAAAAGCUGAUGAGGACACAGAGAAGAUCUUCACUGAGCUGAUCAGCUUCAUGAAGAAAAAACGCUCUGAAGCGAAAGAGUCGAUCAGAGCUCAGGAGAAGGCAGAGAUGGGUCGAGCUGAAGGACUCCUGGAGCAGCUGGAGCUGGAGAUCGCUAAGCUAAAGAACAGAGAUGCUGAGAUGGAGCAACUCCAGCCAAUUGAGGACCCCGUUGAUUUCCUCCAGAGAUUCCAGCCACACCUCACCUCCUCACCUGUGGCUAAGAACCUUCCCAAGGUUACUUUUGAAACAAAGUUCUCCUUCCGCGAAGUGAUGAAAUCAGUGUCUCCGUCUCUGGAAGAGAAAACAAAAGAGUUUCACCAGGCAAUACUUAAAGUCACGGGCUUCAUGAAGGGGGACACGGUCAAACUGAGGUCCGUCAGGAGACCGUACUCUAGAUACAGGUACAACCAAAACACUGAGGCGAAAGAGUCGAUCAGAGCUCAGGAGAUAGAGGUGAGUCGAGUGAGACAGAAGCAGCUAGAGCUGAAGAUCGCUAAGCUAAGCAACUCCAUCCAAUUGAGUGGUGUGGGUGAGGUAACAGGUAAGACCCUUUUGGAUUUACACUCAUUUUCAUCACAUGCAGAAGUACUGAUGUAAAUGAUUCAUGUGGACAAUAUAACAACAAAUAAAUUAUCAUUUUUUUCCCAUGAGAAUUUGUAGAAAAAGAAACUUAUUACCAAUCAUAUACAGUACUACUGUUGUGUUAAAUGAAUGAUAAAUGGAUUCUCUUAUGUUCUACAGGGCUCGAUACCGUGACCGUACACUUUCCUGAGCACCCUGGUUGGAGGGGGAGUUAUUCUAAGCUGGAACUGAGAGAAAGAAAGAUCCAUGAUAAUAAUGAUGAUAAUAAUCUCUGACAUAUUUUCUUUCCCUGACAUUUAUUUUGUACCGACCAAAACCACCCUGUCCCUCUAUCCUAAUGCUCUGCUGAUGCUCUAUGCAAAUACCUUCGACAUUUAUUUUAUGUAACAUUAUGAACCGCUGCAAAGAUCACAUCUUGAAAAUCAUUCAUGAAUCGAUUA